AUGCUCCAAAGGGCUGUCUCUGACGACAAGGCCAGGGAAUUGUUCGUUUUCACCCUGGGCACUUUCCGCGUGGCCCGCCUGGCGGGCGACGUCCCGAAUGGCGAGAAACUGGCCGUGGGCCGGGUCUGCGGGCGCGAUUGUAAAUCGCCGGGGAUGCCCCGCGCGCUCUUCAAGAAAAAGGAGCUCGUCGAGUACAUUUGUCACGAGGCCUUUCUCAUGCAUAAGGAACAUGGGCGCGAAAUGGCAGCAUUCAAAACACCUCUCCGCAUCCUCCAGCGGUUCGCUGCCUCUGGCGCGGAUGGGCUCGUGGCUUCGCACCGCGUGUCCGACUCAGGCGGCGGCGCCGACGGGAUGGAGAUAUUGUUCGCGCCCCCCGUGGUUGAGUGUCGGAAAACCGUGGAUUGCAAGUCGAAGGCGAUGAUCGACGUCGCGUGGCCUCUGUGGGCGGGCGCUUUCGACGACGAAAUCGUCGAGCUUGCCAAGCAGGAGAUGCAGAACAGCGCGCCUGCGUUCGUCUGGCACACGUACCUCACCGAGACCAGCCAGGAGGUGGGUGCCAAGUACCGCGCUUUCGUGACCGCCUGCGCGGGCGGGCCGAUCCCCGCCGACCCCGAGCUGGAUGCAAAUCUCGGCUUGUUGGGGAUGUCCGAGCUCGGGGAAGAACAACAGGAAGAGCUCGCCAAACUCCAGGAGCAGCUCAAGCUUCUUCGCAAAAGAGAAGUGAAGUUCGUCAGUUUGCCAUCUGUCGUCGCUGCCUCUGGCGCGGAGUACUCAGUGGGGCAGAUGCAGAGCGCGUGGGAUGCGCUCGGCCAUGGGCACCGCUUCGCGAGGAAGAAGACCGACGUUCGCGCGUUCGUCCUCUCAGCGGAGCUCUUCCCGCCCAACGUCGUCAAGCAAGGCGUCAAGGCGAGGCUGUGCGAGCAGUUGGCGUGCGACGAGGCGAAGUUCAAGCGAGUCAUCGAGUUCUUCGUGCAGACGAGGCAGAAGGAUUGCAUCCUCAUUUUCCUCGACGGCAGGAGCCGCGCGAACCGCCGGGUCAUUGAGACCGCCGAGGCCAAGUUGGAGGCGCACAGCUACACCAGGAACAACAGGGAGACGGCGAUCUCCUCGCUGCCAGUCAAGGGCCCGCGGAAAGUGGUGCACCGUUCGGAGUUCAACGCGCGCGGCGAGUCCUCGACCGCAGACACGACGUACACUGGCGCCACAAUGCGGCGUCUUUCCGAGCUCCCUCGCCUGAGCUACGAGACCGAGGCGAGCAUCCUGGGAGCUGCAUCUUGCGCUAGCGUUGACGGCGCCAACUCGAAGAUGCCGCGCCUGCAGGCAGACAUCGAUUCGAAGGGCCACCCGUUCUCGUAUAACGAGGUGAAGCCCAUCAGCCUGUGGCAGACGAUCAUGGGGCACCACAACGUGACCCGCAUC